GAUAGGUGGCAGUAAAUGUACAGCUGCUGCCAGUCUGCAAACAGAGAGCAGGCUCAGAAAAGUCGACGAAGUGCAGAAGAAUGAAAGGUUAUUCCUUAGUGACAGGUUUGGGUGCUAGCAUGCAAAGCCUGGUGCUGCAGGUACUUGCUAUGAAGCAGCUCGGCCAGUUAAACCCUCGUCACCUGCUAGCAGCUGGUUAUGGACCACGGAGUACUGAGUGGUGCCCGAGGACCAUUCACACCCGGCAGCUGUGGGGUUGCGCCACUUUCCCUGCACUUGGCGGUCACCGGCCCGCCGUCAAGACCUGGUCUCUGCACCCUCUGCGAUUUAAAAGCAAGAGAAGAGCUCCUCCGCGUACAGCCGAGGAAGAGGAGGAUGAAGAUGACCCCGAGGAGAGCGAUUAUGAAGACGUAGAUCCUAAUUUGCCUAAAGACUAUAAAGACAUGGAGAAAUAUGUGCCGUCUUUCCGCUAUGACGUUAUCUUAAAGGCUGGUUUGGAUUUAGCACGCAACAAAAUCGAGGAUGCCUUCUACAGCAACAAGCUCAGACUAAACGGACAGAAACUAAUCAAGAAAAGUAAAACGGUUAAAGCUGGGGACACCUUGGACCUUGUGGUGUCGGAGAACAGCGAUACAAACACCGUCACUCUGAUGAGAGUCAUCCUCAGGAGGGUUUUAGGUGAAUCUAAUGAUGGAGACAAAUACAAAGUUUCCAUAAGGAGAUGGAAAGGCCUUGAACUCGCCAAGGACGAAGCCUUCAAACCAUGAACUUGUGCUGCAUCUGCAACAAAAGGGUUAAGUGUUCAGAUGAGGGCUCUCCGGUGAUCAGUGUGCUGUUUCAAGACAUUAGCCAGAUGAGUUGUGAGAGAAAAGUAUGUACCCCCCCCCCCCCACUUGUGUAAGAUUUUGCCAAUAAAGUUGCAUCUAGAGGGUGUAAAUCUUA